UGGAGCAGAUUCAUAUGGACAAAUUUUGUUGAACGCUAACUUUGAGCUGGGUUUUGGUGUGGUUUUUUAGAGAGAUGGGUUUUGUGAGUACUAUAUUAGGCUUCUGUGGAUUUGGAGUUGGGAUUUCAUUUGGCUUGGUGAUCGGAUACUAUCUGUUCAUCUACUUCCAGCCUUGUGAUGUUAAGGACCCUGUUAUUCGUCCAUUGGUUGAGCGAGAUACUAAAAGCUUGCAGCAGAUACUGUCUGAAAUUCCUCUUUGGAUCAAAUGUCCGGAUUAUGACCGUGUGGACUGGCUCAACAAGUUUCUCGAGUAUAUGUGGCCUUACCUGGACAAGGCAAUUUGCAGAACUGCAAAAGAUAUUGCGGCACCAAUUAUUGCUGAGCAAAUACCAAAAUAUAAAAUUGAUUCUGUUGAAUUUGAAACACUAACUUUGGGGUCCUUACCUCCUACUUUCCAGGGGAUGAAGGUCUAUGUUACUGACGAAAAAGAAUUGAUCAUGGAACCGUCAUUAAAGUGGGCAGCAAAUCCUAAUGUCACUGUUGCGGUCAAAGCAUUCGGAUUGAAAGCAACUGUUCAGGUCGUGGACUUGCAGGUUUUUGCAGCUCCACGUAUUACUUUGAAGCCUCUAGUUCCAAGCUUUCCAUGUUUUGCCAAAAUCCUGGUGUCACUCAUGGAAAAGCCACAUGUUGACUUUGGCUUGAAGCUUUUGGGUGCUGAUCUGAUGUCCAUUCCUGGCUUGUACAGGUUUGUCCAGGAGACCAUUAAAGAUCAGGUUGCUAACAUGUAUCUGUGGCCUAAAACUCUAGAAGUGCAGAUUUUGGAUCCAUCCAAAGCAAUGAAAAAACCUGUAGGGAUCCUGCAUGUGAAGAUUCUGAGGGCAAUGAAGCUGAGAAAGAAAGAUUUAAUGGGUGGAUCUGAUCCUUACGUAAAAGUUAAGCUCACUGAGUCAAAACUUCCUUCAAAGAAAACCACUGUGAAGCAUAAGAAUUUAAAUCCAGAGUGGGAUGAGGAAUUUAAUAUGGUCGUUAAAGAUCCAGAAACACAAGCAUUGGAGCUCUCUGUUUAUGAUUGGGAGCAGAUUGGCAAACAUGAUAAGAUGGGUAUGAACGUUAUUCCUCUGAAAGAUUUGACCCCUGAUGAAUCGAAAACUAUGACACUGGAUCUCCUAAAGAACAUGGAUUCUAAUGAUACUCAGAAUGACAAGGACCGCGGUCAGAUCAUGGUGGAAUUAACCUACAAACCAUUUAAGGAGGACCAGAUACCGAAAGAAUUUGAAGAGUCAGAUGCAGUACAAAAAGUUCCAGAAGGAACGCCACCAGGGGGAGGCGUCCUUAUGAUUACGGUCCACGAAGCUCAAGAUGUUGAAGGAAAGCACCAUACUAAUCCAUAUGUCAGGAUUAUUUUCAAAGGGGAGGAGAAAAAAACUAAGCAAGUCAAGAAGAACAGAGAUCCAAGAUGGGGAGAGGAUUUUACCUUUGUGUUGGAGGAGCCUCCUGUGAAUGAUAGGCUGCAUUUGGAAGUUGUCAGCACCUCAACAAGGAUUGGCCUAUUGCAUCCUAAGGAGGUAUUGGGUUAUAUUGAUAUAAGCCUUUCCGAUGUUGUUAACAACAAAAGGAUCAACGAGAAGUACCACCUCAUUGAUUCAAAGAACGGUCGCCUUCAAGUUGAGCUGCAAUGGAGAACUGCAUCAUGAUCUAAUCGCAAGUUCCAUGCCCGAAAACCUGUUCAUUUUCCUUUUAUUCUGUUUUUCGAUUGUCCGAUGGAUGUUUGGGGAGUGAAAACAAAAAUAUUUCCUUUUUCAGUUCUCACGUUGGAAAAAUCUUUGCAAUUGUUUUGUACAUUACUACGUAACAAAAUUGUUUGUUUAGUUUGCCUUUU